AUGUGGUUUCAAAAUGUUUAUUUGGAGAUUGGCAGGGACAUAUCUAUGCCCAGAAGCAGGUGGGCUCUGCAGUAUGCCCUCCACCGUCAAGAAAAGGAGUCUGUUCAAGACCACUCUAGUUUCUUGGAUCCAGAUUUGGUUGCUGGGAACGUCCAUCCAGAAUGUGAUUUUAUAACAGAGCUGAAGAAAAAGGAGGCUGAAUGUCUGGAGGAGUCAGAAAGGCAUGGGAAUGCAACAACAGGUUGCAAGAGAACCUGGGACAAAUUAUUGUGCUGGCCAGAGGCAGAUGCUGGAGAGACUCUUGCCUUACCAUGCCCAAAUAUCCUCUUUCACUUCAUGAAGGAGACAGCUGGGAUAGUAAGAAGAAACUGCACAAAGAAAGGCUGGUCAGACCCAUUCCCUUCCUAUCAUAUCGCUUGUCCGGUUGAAGAUGAGAUUCCCCUUGAAGAACAAUCCUACUUUUCUACCAUAAAGAUCAUCUAUACUGUAGGAUACAGUGUAUCUAUCACCUCACUUAUUAUUGCUGUGGCAGUUCUUAUUACAUUCAGGAGGCUUCGCUGUCCCAGAAAUUAUAUCCACAUACAGCUCUUUUUCACUCUUAUCUUAAAAGCUAUUGCCAUUUUCAUUAAGGAUUCUGUCCUUUUUCAAGAAGACAUUGACCAUUGCAGCUUCUCUACAACUGAAUGCAAGAUCUCAGUUGUUUUCUGUCACUACUUCAUGAUGACCAAUUUCAUGUGGCUGCUGGUAGAGGCUCUUUACCUAAACUGUCUACUACUCUCAUCCCUUUCUCAUGGAAAAAGAUAUUUUUGGUGGCUGGUUCUCUUUGGCUGGGGUUUUCCAACACUUUUCACCCUUAUAUGGAUAUUAGCAAAAUUCUACUUUGAAGACACGGAAUGCUGGGAUAUUAAUCAGGGCUCUCCUUACUGGUGGCUAAUCAAAGGACCUAUUAUAAUUUCUGUUGGGGUCAAUUUUGUCCUAUUUAUCAACAUCAUCAGAAUUUUGCUGAAAAAACUAGACCCUAGACAAAUCAACUUCAAUAACUCAUCUCAGUACAGACGUCUCUCAAGGUCAACUCUGCUUCUAAUUCCUUUAUUUGGAACCCAUUAUAUUGUCUUCAAUUUUCUUCCGGAAUAUACCAGCCUGGGGGUUCGGCUUUAUUUAGAGCUCUGCAUUGGAUCUUUUCAGGGGUUUAUUGUAGCAGUUCUUUACUGUUUCCUGAACCAAGAGGUGCAAACGGAAAUCGGUCGGAGGUGGCAUGGUAAGAGAUAUGGACUUAUGCCAGUUUGGAGAAGGACAAGAUGGACUGUGCCAACCAGUUCUGGAGUAAAAAUGACUACAUCUGUGUGCUAAGGUAGCCUCAGAAGCUGGAGUAAUCAUGUAUAGAAGCCUGAUUAGGAAAAACAAACCAAUAAACAACAAUAAAAAACUCUGAGGAUUACAGCUUACUCUGAGCAAACUGGAGGAGAAUCCACUUCUGCAGAAAUUCUGCCCACCAGCUAUCUCUUGCAGAACAAGCACUGCAGUGAUGUAUUAAAGACUGACUGGCUGAUCAAAAUAGCCUUCUCAUGGAUAAACAGCAAACACAAAUAUCACCUCUUUUUGGUUCCCUAUCUACACUCUUUUACUAAUGAACAUAUGAGCAUAAUGUGUCUGGGGAGUGGACACCAGUAGUACCCUUCAGUGACACUAUAGAUGACCUCUGGAAACUGUUAUUCAAUCUUUACACAAUGGGAACUGGAAUCUAUCCAGCUCGUUCAAGCUUUGUUCCUUGUUUUGAUUCAGUAGAGAUGCAAAUAGGAAAUCAGAUGCAUUGUCAAACUAUAACACAUGACUAAAAAGUCAUCUUAUAUUGCCUUCUUAUAUUCGCUCUUUAGAAGCAAAAAGACUCAAAGUUGCAAGCAAGUUAAAAAGAAAAGCAGUAAAUUUGUUCUGCACAGAAAAAGAAUGAGACCUACAGGAGAAGGGCUAGGGGAGUAUUAGGAACACUGCUAAGUAUUUUCUCAUGUCUGACUGUUUUUGCUCUCCAGCAUUGUAAAAUAUUCAGAAGC